AUGGCGGAUACCAGAAUCGCCAACGACGACGAAGACCACCACCACCUCCUUGAGCUCACCGUCCGCGAUCUCGAUUCUCCUGAUUUGGAAAAAUCCGCAUCCGCCCCUUCAUUAGCUUCCAACGAAAUCAUCCCUCUCCUCGAUCAGAACCAAAGACCCAGGUUCAACAUCUUCUCUUCCUCCUCCUACACCCGCCGCAAACCCAGGGAGGAAGUGAUUAAAGUAAGUGAAAGUGAGAUAUCACCUUUAACUCAGUUUGCUUCAUGGGUUUGGAGUGGCUCUCGUUACUCUGGCUUGCUCUGUAUGGCCUUGUCAUCCUCUCUCUAUCUCAUCAUGGAGUUACUUUCCCUUUCUUUUUCUGUUCAGCCGAUUCCUUUGUUUGAGACCGCUUUCCUAAGAUGCACAAUCAUCUUGAUACUAUCGUACAUUUGCUUGAAGAGAAUUGGGCAGCCAGUGUUUGGACCUGCGCAUGCCCGGAAGCUUUUGGUUUCAAGAGCCCUUGUCGGUUUUCUUUCCUUGUUUAGUUUCAUCUUUAGCAUCCAAAUGUUGCCCUUGUCCCAAGCUAUUGUAAUAAGCUUUGUGAAUCCAGUUAUGGCUUCCAUUGCAGCACGUGUUGUUCUGCAUGAGAAGUUGAAAAUUACUGAUAUUGGAGGUCUUGCUUGCAGUUUCUUUGGCGUUCUUUUUAUUUUUGGCCCAACACUUACUGUCCAAGUUGGUUCAGAAGUAAAGACUGAAAGUAUUAAAGGAAAUCAUCAUAUAUAUGCGGUCUUGCUGGGUUUAUUUUCAUCAAUCACUGGAGGAAUCAGCUAUUGUCUUAUUAAGGCAGCUGCGAAAGCUUCGGAACAGCCAGUGAAUACGGUCCUUUCGUUUGGGUUGGUAGCUUGCCCCGCUGCAGCAAUUUGCAUGUUUUCGUUGGAGAGCUUUGUCCUGCCAGCAUUUGAAACACUCAUUAGCAUGAUUGUAUUAGGGUUGCUAGCGUUUUGCGCAGAGGUACUUUUGGCACGUGGACUUCAGCUUGAGAAAAUCAGCAAAGCAGCAAACGUAUUGUACAUCGAGGUGGUGCUGUCACAGUUAUGGAUAUUUAGUACCGGAAAAGCAGGAUCGUCAGGCUUGUUUAGCCGCGUUGUUGGGUGUUUGCUCAUUGUCAUAUCGGUGAGCUACACAAUUUACAUGGGACCUGCUAAAGAUACAGAAUAA